AUGCCUAUCGGGAAUUGUAGUCAGUAGUUAGCAACUGUGCCUACUCAACUCGGAUAUCCGUAAGAGGGGCUUCAGUGUGUGCUGGGAAUUGUAGUCGCCCAUCUCCCGUGUGCUGUUCUUAACUCCGACUGGGCGGGCGCUCUGACCUCGGGGCCGAGUGGGUCUGGUAAUCAGGGUUGGAAGCGCCUGGUCGGCGGAGCCGCGGAGGAGUCCGGGCCGCGGAUGGCAGCGGUCGCGGUUCUGGAGGGAGCAGUGUCCGCGAUGACGGCCCAGCCGCCCGGCAAGCCCGGGGCUGGGGGUAGGGAAAUGUCCCAAGAAGAAAAACUGCAGCUUCGUAAGGAGAAAAAACAGCAGAAGAAGAAGAGGAAGGAAGACAAAGGAUCAGAAGCUGUGUCUGACCCCACUCUGUGCUCUGGCCAAUGUCAAGUGGGCCCACCAAGAGAGAUUCCAGACUCUGGUGGUCAGUUGGGAUCCUCAGGGGAGAAGAUUCCCGGUGGCCGGAGUAAAGCAGAGCUUCGAGCUGAGAGGAGAGCCAAGCAGGAAGCUGAGCGGGCCCUAAAGCAGGGACGAAAGGGGGAGUCAACAGCAUCAUCUGCUCAGGCUCGCCCUAACACAGCAGCAGAAACCCCCUUAGGAGUAAAACAUCCUCCAGAGCUUGUUCAGGUGGAUGAGACCACAGCUUUAAAGAAACUUAUUAAGAAACCAGAACGGCAGCAGGUGCCUUCUCGAAAGGAUUAUGGCUCCAAAGUCAGCCUCUUCUCCCACCUGCACCAGUAUAGCCGCCGUAUUCCUCUAACUCAGUAUAUGAGCAUCCCAUCCUCUGUGAUCCACCCAGCUGUGGUGCGACUUGGCCUGCAGUACUCCCAGGGCCUAAUCAGUGGCUCCAAUGCCAGAUGCAUCGCCCUACUUCGUGCCUUCCAGCAGGUAAUUCAGGACUACACCACGCCUCCUAAUGAAGAACUCUCCAGAGAUCUAGUUAAUAAGCUCAAACCCUACAUCAGCUUCUUGAAUCAGUGUCGACCACUGUCGGCCAGCAUGUGCAAUGCCAUCAAGUUCCUCACAAAAGAGAUCACAGCUGUGAACAGCACCCAACGAGAGGAGGAGGCAAAGUCAGAACUCCAAGCAGCCAUGGACCGGUAUGUGCAAGAGAAGAUUGUUUUGGCAGCUCGGGCAAUCUCCCGCUCAGCCUAUGAGAAGAUCAGUGAUGGGGAUGUGAUCCUGGUAUAUGGAUGUUCAUCCCUGGUAUCCUUUAUUCUUCGGGAAGCUUGGGCUAGUGGCCGUCGAUUUCGGGUGGUAGUGGUGGACAGCCGACCACGACUUGAGGGACGGCGUACUUUGCAUUGUCUUGUCCGUGCCGGGGUCCCAGCGUCCUACUUGAUGAUUCCUGCAGCUUCCUAUGUGCUCCCCGAGGUGUCUAAGGUGCUAUUAGGAGCUCAUGCGCUUCUGGCCAAUGGGUCUGUGAUGUCCCGGGUUGGGACAGCCCAGCUAGCCUUGGUGGCUCGGGCUUAUAAUGUGCCUGUUUUGGUCUGCUGUGAAACCUACAAGUUCUGCGAGCGUGUACAAACUGAUUCCUUUGUCUCAAAUGAGCUUGAUGAUCCUGAUGAUCUUUUGUGUGAACGAGGAGACCAGGUGGUAUUGGAUAACUGGCAGAAGCACCGGUCUCUGCGUCUGCUGAAUCUGGUAUAUGAUGUGACACCUCCAGAACUGGUGGACCUAGUGAUCACUGAGCUAGGAAUGAUUCCUUGCAGUUCUGUUCCUGUUGUGUUACGAGUCAAGAGUGGUGACCAAUGAGGUGUGGAAUGGCCAGGGUUAAUAAAUGAUAUCCUCUCUCCCCAUAGCAACUCUGCCUCCUUUCUCUAUAUUUUUCCUGUUACCUUUACAGUCAUUCAUAAUUCAGUUUCCUGUGUUAACUCAGGUACUUCAGGGAAUCUUUGGUGGGGAGAUCAUCAUAGGUGCCUCUUAAGUACCACUGGUCUGUCCUUGAAGGUGAAGGGAAAAGUCUGGUUUUGCAUCAGAAACAAUUGAAAUGUGGACCUGGGUUAUGACCACUGCUUUUCAGCUUUUGGGUCAAUGCUGUAGGAGGUAAAUCUUCAACUGCACUUCCUUUCUGUGCAAGGGCUAGCCAUACCUUCAGGCCUUUAUUUCCAAAGAGGGCUUAACCCAAAUUCUGAUCCCUGAGCUAUACCAGUCUCGGUCAGCCUUAAAGCUACAUCCAGUGGACACCUUAAGGAAUCACAGCCUUGAGAGCGUUGCAUGGCAUGUUUUGGGAGAGAUGCUAGAUUGGGAGCCAAGGGGACUAAGUUGGACUCCUGCCUUUCUGUUUCUUACUCUCUCUGACUUUGUGAGACAGACCCUCCAGCCCCUUUUCCCUAAAUGUAAAAUUGAAGCCAAAAGUAUUGGCAGUAUUUACCUCUAGCUUGUGAAGACCAUGUAAGAUGGAGUGAAUAUGAAAAGCUCUGUAACCAUCUGAAAAUGAAUUGCUGUUAAUUUUUAUCAUCCCCAUCUCCUGUGGAGACGACAUGCUUUUAUAUUGGGCUUCUCAGCUCUAUGGAUUAAUAUUUUUAUUUUGUGAAAGUACUUGGAGGUCACUCAGAAUUCAAGUACAUUGUUCCAGUUAAGGGCAGUAUAUGUCAGUAACUGGGCAAAAAGACAAUGAAAGCAUGGGACACUAAAAAGUUCCAAUAUCACUGGAGCAAUCCUAGAAAUAACCCAGAAAGUCUUGAAUUUUGAAUGCCACAGGCCAUUUUUCUAAAGGGAAUUGAAAAUAGUAGGGAACCACUUCUUACCCCAGCCCUGAUGUGAUUUUAUUUCAGAAAAGCAUUUGUAAGGAGUUAUUUAAAGGGAUGAUCCUUUGUCAACUAAUAAGCAUUUAAUACCUGCUUUAUGCACAGUAUUGUGUAAAUGUGGGAGGUAAAAAGAUAAAAAAGAGAUUGUCUCUGUCUUGGUAGAGCUCAUAUACUUUGAGAAAACAUAGGUACGCAAAAGCAUAAACAAAAUAAAUACUAAAGUUAUUUUUUUCAGUGGCAGCACUAGCAGCUGAUGGGAUUCAGAAAAAGCCUCCUAUCAGAGGUGAACUUUGACAGAAUCCAAGAACUCUUAAGAAACAGAAGUGAAAAGAGAGGGCAUGCUGAUGUAAGGGACAGCCUGCAUAAUGGGAUGGAAAUGGGAGAUGCAAUGUUGUGAGGGAAAGCAAUAAAUCAUUUGGCCGGUCUGUAUAUAGUAUCUGUGAAGCAGUCAUGCAUAAGGCUGGAAAGGCUGAAAGGAACCAUGUUGAAGAAGGUUUCAAAUACUAAGGGGAUUAAAUUGUAUUUUAUUCUAGAGGAAACAAAGUCAAUGAAGGUUUCUGAGGAGAAGUCCAAUUAGGAAUCUUGUUCAGGUCCAGGGGAAAAGAGCUUAGAUGAUAACUAAAAGAUGGAUGUGAAAGAUAAUAAAGCAAAUGAUUGGGUUUGGGGGAAUUGGCUGAGUCAGAAACUUGGAGAAGAACUAGAGAAGUCUGGAGGUAGGACAGGUUUGAGGGGGGAAUAGUUAUUUUGGAGAAUUUGAGUUGGGAGAUUUUGACUUUUAUGGGGUAAUACAAAGAAAAAGGGAAUUCAGGAGAGAAAAGAGGGCUGGUUAACUAGCUCCUAAAAAAUAUGCAUAGAAAUAAAGAUUAAGCUCAUGGAACAAAAUCACAAAAGGUAUUUUCUAUUUAUCAACGAACUCCCUCAGUUAUAUUUAUAGCACCACUUUUUUUUUUGUAGUAUUGAAGAAUGGAAAUAAAGUAGACAACCAUCAAUUUGGGAAUGGCUAGACAAAUUGUGGUUCUUGGAUGUAUUGGAAUAUUACUAUGCUAUGAGGAACAUCAAAUAUGAUGCAGAGAAUCAUGGAAAGAUUGGUAUGAAUUGCUAUUGAGUGAAAACCAAAGAAACAACAUACACAAUGACUUGUAACAAUGUAAAUGAAAGAAAUACUACAGAACAAUCAGAAGGAAUGUUGAAAUGUUGCAAAGAAGAAGCCUUAAAGAAGAGAUAUUAGGAUAUACCCCAACCCUACUCCUGAGUAGAAGUGGGAGAUUUAUGGAUAUCGAUCCUUGCAAAUAUUUUCAGAAAUUUUUGAUGUAUUGAUCAAUUUUGUUGAUAGUUUUUUUUCCUUUAAAAAAUAUCUUUAGCUUAUAUUGGAUGUCUGUGAGAGGAGACAGGAAAGUAUACACGGUCAAAUGCAUGCCAUGUAAAAACAAAUUAUAAAUAAAAAUGCAUUUUU